GACAUUAGUGUAACAAAAUCAGAACGGGGAUUUUUUAGAAGAAAAGAAGACUGCUUCCUCAAGAUUUCAAUGUUUGAUUAAAUCAAUAUUCAGAGAAUAUCUCCUAUCUGCAGGACCAUUUCACAUCUGCAAAUUUCCUCAUCAGCUACCCUUCCUCGCAACCACGGAUCUAUUCUUUCCAUUUCAGGGCUUCAACCUCAUGCUUCACCUACCAUACCCAUUUCCAACUCCCGCCAGAAAGAUGGAGUACAAAGCUCUCCCAGAAAAUUCUUCCCCAGUAGAAUCCAAGCCUUCCAGCAUCAUGGUACAUCUUCAUUUGCUUGAAUCAUCAUGUACCAUCCGCUAAUCACUCAUACAUAGCAACCAUUUGACACCAUCGAUAUCGAGAAAAGCGCGGUGGUUUCGUCAUCUGGAUACGGCACAAUCUCACCAUACACAAGCAAAGAAGGAGGGUUGAGAACCCUACGGAAAGAACAAGGUCGAGGCAUUUGGACAAGUUUUGUUCAAAGCCUGGUAGCUGUUUGCGUCUUGACGUCUAUGGGGGUGAUUCUCGUUUUGGUUUUUUUGUAGAGGAGCUUAGGGCUAUUUCAUUUAAUGUUGUAGGGUUAUACUUCUUUGAGUUAUAUGUUUAGGACGCAUCAGAGUUCGAUUGAAUUUUUUUGCGGGCGUGGGGACAAGACGGUAUUGGAUUACAGGGCUAGAGCUGUCGUUUCUCUUGCAUUAUUUGUUGUGUGCUUUGCCCUGGUUUGGCUUGCUUUAUGAGGAUGAGUUAGAUACCUUUGGAGAUUUGGAUAAAUAGGUUUAUACCCUAGCAUAUUUGAUAUAUGUGUUUAUAAUGAACGAGUAAAGAUAUAUAAUAUGAAU